CAAACGUAAAACACAACACAAGCCACCUCCCGCCCUCCCCUGUCUCAGCAUCCCAGCUCCUUUGUUUUUGCUCUGUUUCAUUCUCAGGCCGUGGUGACAAAAACAACAAGCCUUGGCACCAUGGUGGCGAUCGCGGUGCCCUGCACCAUCGACCAGAUCCCGCUAGUAAAAUGCCCCAAGGCCGCGAAUGCUGCGGUGCCGACCAUUGACAUGUCGGCGCCAGGCGCGGCGGCGGCCGUGGCGGAGGCGUGCCGCGGCGUGGGCUUCUUCCGCGCGACCAACCACGGCGUGCCGGCCGCCCUCACCGACGCGCUGGAGUCCCGCGCCGGGGCCUUCUUCGCUCUGCCGCACAACGACAAGCUAGAGCACGCGGCGGCGCGGCCCUUCGGGUACGGCAGCAAGACCAUCGGCCCCAACGGCGACGUCGGGUGGCUUGAGUACCUCCUUCUCUCCCUCGGCUCCAGCACAAUACAUGCAUCCUCUCUGCGACCGUCGCUCCGGGCGGCGCUGGAGGAGUACACGGUGGCGGUGAGGGCUGUGGGCACGCGGGUGCUGGAGCUGAUGGCGGAGGGGCUUGGGCUGGCGGACCGUAGCGCGCUGCGGCGGAUGGUGGUAGACGCCACGGAGAGCGACGAGAUGGUGCGCGUGAACCACUAUCCGGCCUGCCCCCUCGCGUCGAGCGUGACGGGAUUCGGGGAGCACACGGACCCUCAGAUCAUCUCCGUGCUGCGGUCCAACCGCACUGGUGGCCUCCAGAUCAUGCUCCGCGACGGCCGUUGGGUCCCCGUGGCCCCCGACCCCGAUUCCCUCUUCGUCAACGUCGGGGACGCACUCCAGGUACUGACGAACGGGAGGUUCAUGAGCGUGAAGCACCGGGUGGUGGCGCCGGAGGCCGGGAAGCCGUCGAGGCUGUCGGUGAUCUACUUCAGCGGGCCGUCGGCGACGCAGCGGAUCGCGCCGCUGCCGGAGCUGAUGCGGGACGGUGAGCAGAGCCUGUACAGGGAGUUCACCUGGGGCGAGUACAAGAAGGCCGCCUACAAGACACGCCUCGGCGACCACCGCCUCGGCCCCUUCGAGCUCCACGCAGCCAAAGCCGACCACCACUGCAGCAGCAGCAGCAGUAGCAAGGCCGUCCAGCCGACGCCUCCUCAUGUUGCACGAGUUCACUAGCUAGCUAGGCUAUGUUGUAAUUAACCCGGUAAUUAUAAAGCUAAUUGUAGUUGUUGUUAGUAGUAGUUGGGUACGCUUCCUUGGCCAGGUCCAAAACGCACCGGCACGGCAGCACCUGACUCUGCCGCCUCUGCCUGCUCAAUUUGUCAUAUGAUCGAAAGCCUUUGUGGAGUACCUUCCACUGUAGUAGUAGUAGUAGUUGUUGUAGCUGCAGGGAAAUAUGCUGUGUCCCUUGACCCUUUGUUGCUUAGUUUUCACAGGCAGAUAACGGCUUGCCGCAUGCCACUGCCCGGUGUACCGUAGAUAGCUAAGGUGUAUAGUACUUUUUAAUUAGUUAGCACAUGAAUUGUACUGUAUGUGCAGGUACCAGUUUCCGGUACUACCA